CAAAGAGAGUUCCCAACACCAUCAUAGGUGUGGCCAAGGAUUCGGGUUCCAGCCUUCUCACCCUCUCUCCCUCUCUUCAAAAAUGCCCAAACCCGAUUCCUUGGCCACACCUGUGAGGGUGUUGGGAACUCUUUCUGCAACAUGGGUGAUUUGGCUUUUCCGCCAUGUUUUCUGCCGUUUCUUGCAGCUCUGCGUCCGGAUUUUCCGGGGCGCGGCUCAUUCGGAGGCCGGAGCAGGGGACGUCGCUGCCCCGGCUAAUUUGGUGGCCGGAGCACGGGACGUCGCCGCUGCCGCUGGGGAUGGGUGGAGAUUGUUGAUCCUCGCCAUCAUCCUGGCCGGGAGAUGGCCUCCGUAGGCAGAUGCGGAUUUUUUGUAUAUUGUUAAGAUUGCUAUGUUGUAUGUGCUCCAGUGGUUAUGCGCGUAUUUAAAAUUAUGAAAUGGUUGCGUGUUCCAUUCUUCCUGCUCCACGUCUGUGAUUUUUUUCUUUAAUAGCUUCACAAUUUUAAUGUUCUUUUUUCAUUACUCCAUAAAGAAAAACUCUUCAUAGCAAAGACAAAAAAAAACACAUGUUAAAUAGGUUAAUCAAAUUAUAACUGUUUC